AUGGCUGAUAAAGGUGGGAAGAUCCUUCCAGGACAAUUGUACAUUGAAGUGGAGUACGACUAUGAGUAUGAGGCCAAGGACAAGAAAAUUGUGAUUAAGCAAGGGGAGAAAUACAUCUUAGUGAAAAAGACUAACGAUGAUUGGUGGCAAGUCAAAAGAGAUGAAAAUUCCAAACCCUUUUAUGUGCCAGCACAGUACGUGAAGGAAAUACCACGAAAAGCACUGAUGCCACCUGUUAAGCAAGCAAGCAUGCUGCCAAAUAACGCUUUGAAGUUGACACAUGGAUUACAGAGAUCAACUGAAAAUGUGAAUAAGUCACCAGAGCUUUCUAGUUUUGGAAAAUCUUCUCCAGUUCAAGUGUCUUGCUUAGUUCGAGAUGCCAAUCAAAAUCUGGGACCGAACAAUAGCCCUGGUCAAACUCUUGGUUUGAGUCUGGACCUUGCCCAAAACAAUGGAAAACUAAACAAUGAGUUACAAUCUCCCAAGGUUUCCAAUCAGUAUAGAACCAUCUCCAUGGGUCAUUUCCCGUGUCCGGAGUUCCUGGAAAUAGAGAAGACCAGCUUUUUGCAUGAACAAUCUUGUGAUUCAGGAGGCUCAGAAAAAAUUCACCAAGAUUCAGAGUCUGGAGAUGAACUCAGUAGUAGCUCGACAGAACAAGUGCAGCCAACUACUCCACCAAGCCAAGGGAGGCCUGAUUCACCAGUUUAUGCUAAUUUACAAGAACUGAAAAUAUCUCAGUCUGCACUUCCACCACUACCUACAAGUGCUCCGGUCCAAAUAAAUGGGGAAUGGGAAACCCAUAAAGAUACGACAGGACGCUGUUAUUACUACAACAGAGGAUCACAGGAACGAACCUGGAAACCUCCGCGGUGGGCCCGAGAUGCAAGCAUUAAUAAAGGGGAUUCCCAGAGCCAUGCAGAUCAUGAGCAUCUUUCAUCAGAAGAAAACGACCACAGUUCUUGUUACAGCCAGUCAGAUAGUCAGUAUGGUUCUCCUCCAAAGGGUUGGUCAGAAGAGUUGGAUGAACAUGGUCAAACCUUAUAUACCAAUGACUAUACUAAUGAAAAGUGGAUAAAACAUGCAGAUGAACAAGGUAGACCAUACUACUACAGUGCUGAUGGUUCCCGAUCAGAAUGGGAGUUACCUAAGUAUAAUGCUUCACCACAGCAGCAGAGAGAUAUAAUAAAGAGUAGGAGUCUGGACAGGAGGCUGCAAGAACCAAUAGUUUUAACAAAAUGGAGGCACAGCACAAUUGUGUUGGACACCAACGAUAAGGAAUCACCAACUGCUGCUAAGGCCAGUUUUCCUGAAAACGAGUCCUCUCCUUCUUCACCAAAGCAUCAAGCCACAGGUCAAGAGAAGUAUGGGUUAUUGAAUGUGACAAAAAUUACAGAAAAUGGAAAGAAAGUUCGAAAGAAUUGGAUGUCAUCAUGGGCAGUGUUACAAGGUUCAUCACUGCUGUUCACUAAAACGCAAGGAAGUGGAACUGGCUGGUUUGGUGUCAAUCAAUCUAAGCCAGAAUUUACAGUGGAUCUCAAAGGGGCAUUGAUUGACUGGGCCUCAAAGGACAAAUCCAGCAAAAAGAAUGUUAUUGAGCUAAAAACCCGCCAAGGAACUGAGCUCUUAAUUCAAUCUGAUAAUGACAGCUUUAUUAAUGAAUGGUAUAAAGUUCUUAACUAUACCAUCAACAAUCAGGUAGUAGAGUCUGAUGAAACGUUAGAAGAUGAUGUACCAGAUUCCCCUGGGGUGGAAAAACAAGACAAAGAAAAAGAGAAAGAGAAUAAAGACUCUAAGAAACUUCGUUCAGUGAAAGCACCUAGCAAUAUAGAUUCUACAGAUCAGAAAAAGACCAAAACGAAGCUGAAGAAGUUUCUUACACGGCGCCCUACAUUACAAGCUGUCCGUGAAAAAGGCUACAUUAAGGAUCAAGUGUUUGGUUCCAAUCUCACCAGCUUGUGUCAAAGAGAAAACAGCACGGUGCCAAAGUUCGUGAAGCUGUGCAUUGAGCAUGUUGAGGAACAUGGAUUAGAUGUUGAUGGCUUAUACCGAGUUAGUGGCAAUCUUGCAGUGAUACAGAAGCUAAGAUUUGCAGUCAAUCAUGAUGAGAAACUAGACUUGAAUGACAGUAAAUGGGAAGAUAUACAUGUCAUCACAGGAGCUCUGAAGAUGUUUUUCAGAGAAUUGCCAGAGCCGCUGUUCACUUAUAAUCACUUCAAUGACUUUGUCAAUGCAAUUAAACAAGAACCAAGGCAGCGUGUCCAUGCUGUUAAAGAUUUAAUCAAACAGUUGCCAAAACCAAAUCAGGACACUAUGCAGGUCCUCUUUAGACACCUGAAAAGAGUUGUAGAAAAUGGAGAAAAGAACCGAAUGACCUAUCAAAGUGUAGCAAUAGUUUUUGGUCCAACCUUAUUAAAACCAGAGAAAGAGACUGGUAACAUAGCAGUCCACACAGUAUACCAGAAUCAGAUUGUAGAAUUAAUUCUACUAGAAUUGAAUUCCAUCUUUGGACGCUGACAUUUUUCUUGGAGUAGAAACUGGAAGUGAUGGGUUGGCAGCAGUACUCCAUCAGAAGGAAAAUCUCUCACUGUACAUGAUGUAUUAUGUUUGUGGACCAAGCAGCAACUUGUUUUUUGCACUUUUGGGGAGGGGAGAAACAGGAGAAAUGUUUGACCACUUUAAUGCAAAUUAAAGACAACACUUUGGAUUUCUUUGAAAAGUUCAAUGUGAAAAGUGAAUUGAAAAGUUUAUAGUUUGCCUUUUUUUAAGUAGCAUUGGAAAAAUGUAAUAUAGGUUCAUA